AGGCGACUGGGCGGUGGGGAGAAUAGGUGAAGGACUCAAGAAGGGAAGCUAGGAGGGAGCGUCAGGAGAGGAGGGGGUGAUGCUGAGAGGAUGGGGCAGGUUGCGGGGCUGGAGCGAGGAUGCGCAGAGCGAGACAGGGAGGCGGCGGAUGCGGGCGCUCCGCGGCUGCGCGGCGCGUGCUGGCGGCGGCUAGGUCCCGGCCCGCGCCCGCGGCGCCCCCGCUGCGGCCGGAGCGGCCUGGCUGCGGGAUCGGUGAGCAGCGAUGGUGGGGCAGCCCCGGAAGCGCCCGGCCUGGGCGUCGCUGCUCCUGCGGCUGCUGCUGACUGGGGUCGCUGCCUGCAACGCCAGCCCCGCGGACGACGGUGCGGGUCCUGGGGGCCGGGGACCCCGGGGACGCGCGCGAGGGGACGCGGGCGCUGACGAGGCAGUGCCGCGCCACGACUCCUCUUACGGCACCUUCGCCGGCGAGUUCUACGACCUGCGCUACCUGUCGGAGGAGGGCUAUCCUUUCCCCACUGCUCCUCCUGUGGACCCGUUUGCCAAAAUCAAAGUGGAAGACUGCGGAAGAACUAAAGGAUGCUUUAGGUAUGGCAAGCCCGGCUGUAACGCAGAGACCUGUGACUACUUCCUUAGCUACCGGAUGAUAGGGGCUGAUGUGGAGUUUGAGCUGAGCGCAGACACGGAUGGCUGGGUAGCAGUUGGAUUCUCUUCAGACAAAAAGAUGGGCGGUGAUGAUGUCAUGGCCUGCGUCCAUGAUGACAAUGGCAGAGUCCGCAUCCAGCACUUCUACAAUGUGGGACAGUGGGCGAAGGAGGUCCAGAGAAAUCCUGCCAGAGACGAGGAAGGGGUUUUCGAGAACAAUCGUGUCACCUGCAGGUUUAAGCGUCCCGUGAAUGUUCCCAGAGACGAAACGAUCGUGGAUCUACACUUGAGUUGGUAUUACCUGUUCGCUUGGGGUCCGGCCAUUCAGGGCUCUAUCACCAGGCACGACAUAGACUCCCCACCGACUUCAGAGCGCGUUGUCAGUAUUUACAAAUACGAGGACAUUUUCAUGCCGUCGGCUGCCUACCAGACCUUCUCCUCUCCGUUUUGUUUGCUUCUCAUUGUCGCCCUGACCUUCUACUUGCUGAUGGGGACCCCUUAGCCACAGCUGCAAGGCCGACAAGACUAGGUGGAGCGGCAAGCCUUCAGUAUAUAUUUCUCAAUAUCGCCUGUAUUAUUCUAGCUUCUGUUACUUAAAAACAAGUCAUGAUUUCAACAUUUUUUUGGGGAAAAAAAAAGAACAAGCUUUUCUCCUAGUCAAACAGGAUUGUCAAGGCAACCCUGCUUUCGGGAAGUAUUUAAACCGUUUGCGAACACUUCAAAUAUGUUUUCUAUUUGAGCUUUACGGUGUCUGUGCAUUUUGGUAAAACUGAGUCGUCAUACUGAUUGGGAUUUAAACCCAGACAAAGGCUGCCUUUUGUUGGCCUACACGUUUCACAGCCUUGGCUAGCGCGGUCAGCUGAAACAACGGGGAGAUAAAGAUCUAGCUGUGGAAAAGAGUGUCUCCCAACAGUCUUUAUUUCGAGCGGUCCUGCACGAGAGGGUUACUUGGCAUGUUGCCGUGGAGAACUUCACAGGAUGUCACAAGUGCAUCAGCAGCCUCUCGAGAACAUUUCCGCGAAGGCUAAGUGCUUUUAGAUAGUCACACAGUGGACCGGGCGUACGGGGGAGAUUAUAGUGAUAAGCCGUGGUUUGUAUUUAUCUAAAGUAUCUUCCCAAUUCGCAAGUAGUUAUGAGAAAACAGUUUUAUAUUGCUGUUAGGAAAGAUGAAAAAAAGAACUGUGAAUAUUCCUGAAGAUGUAAAAUUCCCUUAAUGAUAAAAACAGGAGAAUUCUUCGCAAUUAGAAUUUGCUUCCUUCUGCUACCGUGUUCAACCAACUAAGGUGUUCCUGGGUGGCUCUAGCCAACGGUGGUGGUCAAGUCGGCGUCCAUUAACUACAAUUAAUAUGCAUUAGGACAGACAAGUCAUCCUAAGGAAAACACACAUCAUCAUGCUUAAAGACUGUAGACACCAGGAGCAAAAAUGGGGGGAGGGACCCUGAAGUAAAUUCACCAAGAGUAUACAUUAAAAAUGUUCAAUUCUACGUUUUCUUUUUUGAAAAGAGCCAGAUACUCUCUAAAUACCUAUGUUGGCAGCCUACCUAGAGGAGAGUAACUGUGGGCACUUACACGGUGGGGCCAUUGCCACCGUGGCUUUCCAGAAUUCUCUGAUUUGUUCCCAUUGCUUCCAGGCUGGCUCCAACUCUAUAGCUGAGUGACACCGGACUAUGGUUUCUAAGUCCCAAGUUCAUGUCAGAGGUGAACGACUGCCUGUGGGGAGAAUGUUCAGAUUCUUCUGAGCUGGCGCCAAAAUAAAGUAUGUAUUACUACUUCGCGACACUGCCCACACCCAGUUUCAAACUCAAGGUUCAAGUUGGUGGCUUCACCUGACGACAACUGCCUCUUCACCAAGCCCUCUCUCUGAUCCUGGUCAAGCUUGGCACAAGCAUGGCCAGUAAAUCAGUUUCUCAGGGUUAGUAGUUGGCUUAGGAGUGAGGGUUGGGAGUAUAUAGAGACGCCCGUGUUGUAAAUAAGAAGCCUAAUAUUUUUAUAUCCUCUAUGUGUAUAGUAAUUGAUGUAUAAAUCGCGGAGCUAAUAGAGACUUUAGUUAGUAGUGGGAGCGAGUGGUGCUUCCCUUCCAUUUCCACUUCAAAUCAAGUAACUGUUUUUAUAGUGUUUCCAUUUUAGUGACCAGCUUUGUGAAUUUUUGCUUGGGACUUUCAGAGUUAUCCUUGCCCUUACAGUGACGUGCAGUGACUCUACUAAACUCCAGGGUUUCUGCCUCUUCAGGGUCACUGCCUGUCCCAGCGAGUCUGAGCGGCCUUGAGUUUCUCCAACCUGCCCUCUCUCACCUGUUCUGUCCCCAUCUUCCCCAUCCCCUCUCCCCCAUGAUGGGCUCAUCUGUAAGGCCCUAACUCUCAUCUCUUCCUCCAGUCUUGGGGACUGUGUGGUUUUAGGAGUGACUCAGCUCUCCUCUAGCAUGCUGGGCUUUUCAUUAGGAGUCAUUUCUCUCCUCAUCCUUGUAACUGAUGCUACUUCUUGGUAGAUAUUCAAAAAACUGGUGGACUGAAUUACAAAGCUGUCUCGAUACUGCGAGUUUACUUGGGCCAGAGGAAUCUCUUUUAUGGACUGUAGCUGGCUAGCCAAUGUUUUUAUAUGUCCUGUUCAUGAUCAAACCGUGUCUUCUAAAACAUAAAUGACAAUAUCCCCAGUGGCAGUGUGGUUUUGCCUUUCAGUGGACACCAGUUGGCACUUUGAACAAUAAUUGCUGUCAUGAAAUAAGGAUUUACGACAAGGGAUGUGUCACAAACAGCUGACUGUCAUCUCAGAGAUCUGUCCACUGAUAGACAUGUCGAAGUGAAAGCCCUGUAGACUUCGAAUUCAUCCGUUCUUACCUAAUCUAAGGGAACUCCUGCUCUUUAUUCGUUCUCUCUAUCAGUCAUCCUUCUUGAGCCCCCUGACUCCUGGCUGCUGCUCUCUCAAGCAUGCACCCCCCAGGUCUGACAUAUGGUUUCAUUUUCUACACAGUGUUUGUCCUGAGGGAGAAGCGAUCAAUGCUUCUUGGUGAGAUGCCCAAGUGAAACAAGAGCGGCAGACAGAUGUAUGUAGUGUUGUUGUAAGUGCUCCAUGUGGAUGAACUCUUUCAAUCCUACCAACCAGAGGAAGCGUCUGUUGUCAAUCCAGCUUUGCAGAAGGAAGAGUUGAGGUCGGUCUUCUGGCGAGCUUACCAGUGCUGGCCAGACUUUAGAGACGCUAGCUCAAUGCACUUGUCGUGCAAGAGGCCGCAGGGACGAGGGAGCUGAUAUGACUUCCUAUGCCUCAUGCAAAGUCUUUAAAACUUCCAUUAAGUAGAACCUGCUGUUCAUACUCAAAUCAGCUGGGCACCUUCGCCUGCUCCCUAGUAUUUUACAGUGAAAAUGAGCACUUCUUACAGCUGUGUUUGCGGAACUCAACACAGUGGUUUUGUAUCACUUUAUUUUCUGCUUAAAACCUUUGGAUUAUUUUUGCCAGUCAUUUUAGUACUUUUUCUUUCUUUCCUUCCUCCCCCUUCCUUCCCUUUUCUUCUCUUUCUUCCUUUCUUUUUCUUUUCUUUUUUUGGUCAGUACUGAUGAUCAUACCCAAGGCCUUGUAGAUAUUCGCGGGGUGUUCCACCACCCAGCUACAUCCCCAGCUCAUUUUUAGUACUAUUAAUGUUUUCAUACUAAUGUGUCAAUUGGACACAAUUGGAAGAAUGCAUUUGUCUUAGCUAACUUUUAAACAUGACUUUCUUAAACCAUCGUCUGUCUUACAACAUGGGCCUCCAUGUGCUUUUAUUGACCCACUGUAGUUAAACAUGCACUCAAAGUCCUGAAGCUGCAUUCUGUUACUGUUGGUUGCUUUUGUCCUUAAAGAAAUCAGAAAGUUUGACAACUGAUGGAUGGAUUUCCAUCCCAGUAUAUUAAUACGAUUAUUGCAAUCGAAGUUUACUGUAUUUAUUCAGGUUUUUGUCUUAAGUGACAUUAGCGCUGAAGUUGGAUGCCAUUCUUGGCUCUAUCCUAGGAUUUCUUAAAUUUUCUUUGUAAAGGGGUCCCAGAUGCUCUACUCUGCCACAAACAGUUCAUAAGUGAACAAAUUAAUUAUCAAAUAAAUAAAUUAAUUAAUUAAUAAAUUUAUUAAUGCUGCACAUUAAUAAAGCAAUUGAAAUUUGAACUUCAUAUACUUUGCAGAUGACAAAAUGUUAAAUUGAGUUUUAAAAAAGCUUUCAGAAAAGGAAAAACCUAUUCUUAGUUUGCAGGCUGAAGAACAACAGGAAGUGGGCUGGGCUGGGCUGGGCUGGUAGACUCUAGCUUUCCCACAGUGACUUAGCCAUGGCAUUCUGUCUAUCUAGUCGUCAUAAAUCCUAUCACCAGUAACAUAUUAUUAGCUAGUUGUAAAAGUAUCAGAGUUAGUGAAAGCGUCGUUUAAACACGGUUUAUAAUUGGUUUGCUGUUAUGAAUGAAUAGCAUAGUGGCAUCCUUAUGCAUUCGUGUUCUCAUAUGUUUCCUGGAGUUGGCACAAAUGAGGUGACAGUAAAGAACCAUUCUGGGUAAGUUCCAGCUCUGCUUUCCCUGCGGUCUGGCAGUUGUUAACAUGUUUCACUCUUGAGCUGCUCUUUCCGUAAACAUUGCUAUGCUUUAGAGUAAUUUCUCUCUGUGUAGAGAUUUUUCAAAAUUAGCACAAGGGCAUGAGAGUCUUUUAUACAUGUGACACGUCUGUCUCAGCACCCUAGGCCGUGUGCUGAGGUGACAUCCUUACUCUCUAAACAGAGCCGCACAUUUAGUGAACAGGUUGAUUAUUUUCAACUUGUUUAUAUGUAUAUACACUUUGUACAUAUGUGACAGGUGGGGUGUGUUUAUACAAAAACAUACAAGUAUGCACGCGCAAAUGCGUGCGCGCGCGCGCGCACACACACACAGGAUUAGUUCUUUUUCUGAUCUCUUGUAUACUUUCAAACCCACAGAUAAAACAUCAUUUGUGUUACUGACAUACUUACGUUGCAUUUUUAGCAAUUUAGUUUGUAGGAAGGAUUCCUGAAUCACUUACUAAGUCUUGCCUCUUCCUUUUCACCAUUAUAUGGAUUGUAAAGAAUGUAUAUGCAUCGUUGUUUAAUAUAACUUUUCUAUAUUAUUAAGAAGCCAAGACUCACAUUAGUUAAGUAGCUGGCAUGUUUCAUGGCAACCUAAACAUGUUUUAACUUGCACUAGUUUUCUUAUUCUCUGUUCAGUGAGCAAUUUGUCUACUUUCAAGUUGGAUUUCCUUGGGUUUUUAAUUUAGCAGAUGACUUGCAUAUAAUUUCCUUUUCAUGAAAAUAGCAGUUAAAGAAAUAUGAGCCUCAAUAUGCCUGGCAAUGGAAAAAUGUAUGUAAAUCUCCUAGCCUUGGGGGUGUGUGUCCCAUUUAAGAAUACACCAACUGGUCGGUAGUAUUUUUAGUUUUCUUCCAAAUCUUUGCUAUUAGGUGAGUAACCACCCAGGCUGAUUCUUCUGGAAUGUAAUCGUCUCUAAGGUUGCUGAAUGCUCAGUGGGUGUGGCAUUCACCCAGGUCACUAGAGUCUUUCCUGCUUUCUUGCCUAGAAUGCCCUGACCCCCUUCACCCCGGAAGAGUGAACGCAGCUUCUCCACAUGCCUUAUUCCCACUGGCGCAUUGACAUGCCAGAACAAUCUGGCUCCAGAAGUACUAAUACAGUUUUUCUGAGACUGUCUACAAAAUACUAUUUUGUUAAAACUAUGCCUUUAAAUAGACACGGAUGGGUUAUAUUUGUUUUAUAAAAAGUUGUGUAUCUAAUGUUCAAUUGUGAUUGAUUUCGAGAUUAUAUAUAAAUGUAUAUUUAUAAGCCUGUCCUAUGUGGAUUUUUACUCUAAGAUGUGUGCCACAUUACUAAUAAAGAUAUGAGUUUCUAUUUAUGUAAAGUAAUUGUAGCAACACUCCUAACCGCUACUGAGAUGAUUAUUCUGUUCACUGGCCACCGCAUAUACUUUUAUCUCUAGAGGAUUAAGUUAUACUCAGACUAUAUUAACCAGGAUUAAACUUUAAAGGCAUAAACUCUCAACAUAAUUUGAAUUCUUCCUGUUGAUGUAAUUAAAACUAGUUUAUAAUUCCUUA